AUGCCAUCUAGCCUCGGAAUACCGUUGGUGGAAACCUUUGUUAAGAAGCGAAGCCAAUUUGGACCAAUCAUGCGCCAGGCUUGUUUAUCGAUAACUGUAGUCGCUAUGCAGCAGCCGCAACAGCAGGCCCCAAUCCUGCGACUAAUCAUGGUCGGGUCUGGAGGUGUCGGUAAGAGUGCCCUCACUCUACAGUUCAUGUACGAUGAGUUUGUUGAAGAUUACGAACCAACAAAAGCUGAUUCCUAUCGCAAAAAAAUCAUACUUGAUGGCGAGGAAGUCCAAAUCGAUAUUUUGGACACUGCUGGACAAGAAGAGUACAUUGGUAUCCGAGAAAAUUACUUCCGUAGCGGGGAAGGUUUUCUACUCGUUUAUGCAAUAAAUGAUCUGGAAACUUUGAGAGCCCUUCCCGGAUUUUGUGAUCAAGUGUAUCGCGCAAAGAACACCGACAAUCUUCCCAUGGUUCUUGUUGCCAAUAAGAUCGAUUUAAAGGAUAGUUCCCCAGUCUGCUACACCGAAGCUGGACAGGAAUAUGCCCGACAGCUGAAGAUUUCGUAUGUCGAGACGUCGGCAAAAACACAACAGAAUGUCGAUUUCGUCUUUGCGAGGGUCGCUAGAGAAAUUCGACAACGCCAAUUGGCCCAAGUCCAACGACCAAAAGCAGUGACAGCCAGAAAGCCACGAAGACGUUGUACAAUCCUUUGAUCGUAUCCACCUAUUCACCGCUUCGCCCAUUGUCCCUUCGGUUCGAAUGGUGCCGCUUAACGGUCGCUGUGUGCGGUCUUUUUCCUUUGUCGCAUUCGUCUUGGGACACUUGUGCUACACUUCCAUUCCUUACCUUUCCAUUCAUAUUCAGCUGUCUAUCACCGCCCAUUCUAAUCAUCUUCGACUAUUUCACCUUAUUCCAUCUUCGUUCUGCACUCGCUCGCUGGAUGGUGACCUGGCGGCACAUUUCUCACAGAAACACUCCUACAUGUCUAAGACUUUCCGAAGUGGUCAACUUUCAAGGUGAUUUUUUUCCCACUGGUCCAUCUUAGAUUCACUUCACCAACGUCUAUCGCCUCUAGAUGUGCUUUUUGUUAAUACAGUAUAGGAAAACUAUUCCAGACGAACAAAACCGAACUGCAAACUGUUGUGCUUCCGCACACUACUGAGACGUAUUCUUACUGAAAUUGGUUGUGUUGGUCCUGUUACUGCGCCCAUUUCUUCUUAGGGGCACCUUCAUUCCCAGUCACUUCAGGUGCGGGUUUUAUUCAUAUGGACCGCUAUCUCGCUUUCUUUUAACAAUGUACUUUUGCUUGGACGUUUGGAGCUUAGGCAUCAUCUUCCAUUUGUGUUCCAGAUCCUUUGUUGUAUCUACCGCAGGUUCAUAGUCACGUGUCCGCCCUGGUCAUCGAUGAACGACCAGGUAGGUUCCAGACCCCCACCCCCGUGCUUUUGCUUUGUUGACCAAAGUACCCAUCCUGUUUUAUCUAUCUGUUCAAUUGAUUUGUGAAUGUUUGUCCGUGUGAACUGAGUACUCCUCAUAGAUGGGAUCAGUCCAUGCUUCUCGAACUUCACAUGCAGUUUUUUUCUAUCCACUUGUUU